GUCGGACGAUAGCUUCUUGGUUGGUUAGUUGGUUGCCAGGCCACAGCGAGUUCCUUGUUGCCUAUUCUUAUUAUUCUGGCCAUCUGAUCUGAUCUGAUCUGAUCUGAUCUUGAGUAUCGAGUGAGUGGGUAGGUGUGCGUAGGCAGCUGUUGAUGAUGAAUGUCUGUAGUUUGUUGCAAAUACUUUUCGUAAUGCACCACCAAGUCUCUCAACCAUCACACAGAAUUACUGACUGACUCACUUGACUGAGAUUAGUGUUGAAAAUGCGGAUGUUGUUCAGGCUUUAUGCUGAGUGCAGUAGAUCUCCACACAGAUGUUAGGUAAAUGAAGGCCUGUCUUGAUGUCUUUUCCAAUCCUGGCGUUGACAUCGUGAUCUGUGCGGCCUGUGGCUGUCUGUAGGUGUCUGUAAUUGAAACAAUGCUGUUAGGCAGGUAGAUGAAAGAACCAACUUCAUAUAUGUUUCUCCGUUGAUGGUGAUUGGUGCCUCUUGUUGUUGUUGUUGGUUGGGAAUCUUUGUCACCUUUGUCUUUUCUACAUUCUCCUGAAGUCCAGUCUUCGCCGCCUGGCCCCCUGUGUCAACUUGUUGAUUUUUGCCUGUAGAUCUCCAAGUUUGUGCGACGUUAAACACAAAUCAUCUGGGAAAUCCAAAUCUUGUAGGGUCGUUUCAUCGGUCCAGUCAGAGUAUGCUCAUCUUCUCGCUCACCACUGUUUUGCUGCAUGAUCCAGCCCAGUCAAGUGGACCACAGUCAGGAAGAUCAUCGAUGAUAGUGGGCGGUAGCCUUGUCACACUCCUUCCUGUUUUCACUUCAAAGGCAUCACCCAGCUUUCCAUCCUGGAUCACUUGGUAUGCAGCAUCAUAUAGCUGCUGUUGAAUGACGUUCUAAAGACUUGCGGAACUUCGUGGUGUUGAAGCAACUGCCAAAUUACUUCUCAAUCGACGCUGUCGAAGGCUUUUUCAAAAUCGAUAAGGUUGAGGCAGAGAGCUGACUGUCAUUUUAUACCCUGUUCUGUGAUGCAGUUUGAUCCACACAUGAUUUGUCCUUCCUGAAGCCAGUCUGUUCCGGUUGUAGGAGGGAGGAGGGUGCAUUAUCUAUGUAAAGUCUGACAUCACUGCUACGCAGUGCCCUACAUCUGAGCUAAACGAGAUUGACGACUCAGUAUGGAUUAUCGCAAAACUUACUCGCUCCACUUCCCUCCUAAUAGGAUGCAUUUACCGGCCCCCUUCCUCCUCAGUCGAAUACGACGACAAGCUAACAAGCGUGUUCGCCCGUGUGGCAACACUACCACACACAGCGAAAAUUAUAUGUGGUGACUUUAACAUGCCAGAUAUAAAGUGGCGACCAAUUAGCUAUCCAGAGCGCUUUGAUAAAUUCAUAAGCAUUCUUGAAACAGAGGGUUGGCAACAACAUGUGGAACACCCUACCAGGUACAAUAGUGUCCUGGACCUAGUCUUCACAAACGGAACCACACCCACAAAACUCCAAGUGGGUACACAACUUCCAGGUAGCGAUCACAAGGUUGUAUAUGGAUACUUCAAUAUAACCAGCACAAAAGUGGCCCAAAAGUCAGGAACAGUACUAACUAGAAAUUACAAGUAUGCCAAAUGGGACGAACUACAAUCGUUUCUGCGCUGCCUAGAUUGGAGCCCCUACUUUACCAACAGUUCAGCCAAAGAACUCUGUGAUCUAUUCUAUGAAUAUAUAGGCACAGCUCAAGACUAUGUUGCUCCACCGCUCCGAAGAGAAAUUAAGAAAAACAGAGCUGACUAUAUACCAAAGAAAGUACGCAUCCGCAUGCGAAACCAUGUCAGAGAGUACUAUAAGUCGAAUGACUUUUCGUCGCUUGUCACACUCAAAGACACAUACGACACAUUCAAGGCAGAAAGAGUAAUAGAAGCCGUUAAACAAGAACGCAUCCAAUGUAGUAAAACUAGUAAUACAGAAGCACUAGUGAGACUGAUGAAAACCCGGAUAAGUAGCUCCAGAAAUAGUACCCCUAGUUUAAUCAUGGACAACGGCAUCCUCUACGAUAACCCUCUACAAAUCAGCGAGCUGUUCGGUUACCAGUUUGCUAGCUGCUUUACACAAGAGGACGAAAUAAAAGUCAUUGGUGCACCGUCAACACCAACUCACUCCAUAAGUACAGUGCUCUUCUCUAAACAAAACAUUUCUCUAGCUAUAGCAUCACUUCGAACCUCAUACAGUGCGGGGCCUGAUGGAAUUCCAACCAUCUUGUUAAAAAGAGGUGGCGAAGAUAUACCGCUGAUUCUCUUGAAGCUCUUUAAUACGUCCCUCUCCAGUGGCAAUUACCCUGAGAACUGGAAACUAUCAUACAUAUGUCCUAAGCAUAAAUGUGGACCAACAUCUAAUAUAGAAAACUACCGACCUAUAAACAUCACGUCAGUAGUAUCCAGGACUAUGGAAAAGGUGAUUGUGAAAGCAGUUGUCGACUAUAUGACGACUAACCAAUUACUCUCACCAGCACAACAUGGAUUCUUGAAAGGCCGGUCAUGCACUACAAGCUAUCUUGACUAUCUAGACAACGUUACAAGCAAGCGUGACCAAGGCCUAUUUGUAACUACCCUUUUCUUAGACUUCAAGCAAGCAUUCGAUAAGGUGCCUCACAAACGCCUGGUCACUAAGUUGCAAUCAUAUGGUUUCCGAGACCCGUUACUGUCCUGGCUCAGAACAUCUUUAGAGGGUCGCUUCCAAGUAGUAAAAUUCAGUAAUUGCUACUCCACCCCUAGACUUAUACAAAGUGGUGUCGUCCAGGGUAGUGUGCUAGGACCGAUACUUUUCCUAAUCUAUGUAAACGAUAUCUGCAGUGUUAUCCGAAAUGGCAUACCCUACCUUUUCGCUGACGACUUGAAGAUAGUCUACAGCUUUUCUCCUGCAGCACUAACACAGGGUUUCUCUCAAAUACAAGAAGAUCUGAAGAGGAUAUUCAUAUGGAGCGAGACCUGGCAGCUCCCUCUAAACCCAAAUAAAAGUGGCAUCCUCCAUUUCAAUAAAUCCCACCCAGAAGUAACGCUACACUUGGGUGAUAUUGCACUGCAGGUAUACAACACUGUGAAAGACCUCGGAAUCACUUACUCCAGAAGUUUGACUUUUACGGAGUAUGCAGACUCAGUAGUUUCCAAGGGCAGAAGACUCAUCGGUCUUCUACACAGAAACAUACUCAUACCUGAGGCAAAACUUAUACUGUACAAGGCUAUGGUUCGCCCAAUAUUAGAGUACUGCACCGUUAUCUAUGGUAGCAUGAAUGUGUCGGACAGAAUUCGAGUAGAGAACAUUCAACGGAACUUUACUCGGCGCCUACUAAUACAUAACGAAGGACUUCCUUACGAAGCAAGAUGCAAAAAACUAGGACUAGAAUCACUCUGGCUGAGACGCCUGAAGCUCAACUUAACACUUCUUUUUCGUCUUUUAUUUACAAACCCUAAAACGAAAUGUGCUGUCACUUUUAAAACAACACAGGCAUAUAAUCUGCGUAAUAGCGAGAACAUCAUCCCAAUAAAUAAGUAUCGCUCAAAACUUCGAUGUAGGUUUUUCAUAACGCAAUACAGUAUGCUGUGGAACAAACUUCCCGCUCCUAUACGAGCAUGCCGUUCGCUCGGCCAGUUUCAACGAUUACUUAGUAAAUUCCUCCUAUCUAACGAAUCUCAUCAAUUCGUUGACGGCCAAACCACAAACGGUAAUGCCAUGCACUAAGGUACUACUGGUACCUAGACUCAAGGGAGACUAACAGCAAUGACAUAAGUAUACAAUGCCGAAAACUAAACGCAAUAGUUAAGUUAAAAUCUAAUUUCUUAGAAAAAAAAUGACCAAGAGUGGACAGGAAGCGGAGUGCGACACGAUAUGCUACAGUGAACUUAUUAGAUACUCAAAUGUAACCUACUUUUCUUCACAACCUAACCGAUCUCACGACUUAACACCUAUUUCCUAAAAAUCGCCCCUUAAAGUAAACUCUCCACUCCGAAAAGAUAAAAGAACUGUCUGUCGGUGCAUUUUCAUAGCAUGCAACUCUUUAUUAUUUGCCCUUACAUCUAAGUACUCUGCACCAACAUAGUUUCGGUAGACCCGAUAUGGUAAUGCUCAACAGGCAACACCAUGAUCAUCCCCUCGUGACCAGAUAAAGGGUGGUGGUCCUAAGAACAAAAAAAAACCACGAAUUUCACCUAAAUGUUUAUAACUUCAUCAUACGCUUGUACAUAGGUAUAUAACAAGUUAAUACCUGGUCAAAUAUCCUCUAAUCUUUCUAUUUCGUAGUGAUAUCUUCAGCUUCAGGCUGACUUUCAUUACUGUCGUGCGCACCUUCAUCUUCUUCCACCUAAGCUUACCUCUAAACAGUUGGUUCUGGACACUUCCUCAAGUAAGUUUAAUAGUCAGUACAAACUCACCCAGAUGUAUCAUGGUCGAUCUACUCCUGCGUAUUUUUGUGCCCCUGUUACAAAUUUCGCCUGCUGCUCGCUUUUGUUAUUCACUUUUCAGAUUUACUUAACCAGUCCUGCAUUCAAAUGGAAUCCUACAAAUCGCAUUCGUCAGUGGGAAAUAUUGGCACCGAAACCUGAUGACGAACGCGCACACCCCAAGGUCAUGAAUG